GCCUCGCCUCGCCCCGGGCUCUCCGCGACACCACCGCCAGCAGCCGCCGCAGCGGAGGCAGCGGCGCCCCGGCAGCAUGAAGGUGACCGUGGACUUCGAGGAGUGCCUGAAGGACUCGCCGCGUUUCAGGGCAGCUUUAGAAGAAGUAGAAGGAGAUGUGACAGAACUGGAACUGAAACUUGACAAGCUGGUGAAGCUUUGUAUUGCAAUGAUUGAUACUGGGAAAGCAUUUUGUACAGCCAAUAAGCAGUUCAUGAAUGGAAUUCGAGACCUUGCACAAUAUUCCUUUAAAGAUGCAUUGGUUGAGAACAGUUUGACAAAGUUCUCUGACACAUUACAGGAAAUGAUCAAUUAUCACAAUAUUCUCUUUGACCAAAUCCAAAGAUCAAUUAAAACACAGCUUCAGACUUUUGUUAAAGAAGAUAUUAGGAAAUUUAAAGAUGCAAAGAAACAGUUCGAAAAAGUGAGUGAAGAAAAAGAGAAUGCUCUGGUGAAAAAUGCCCAAGUUCAAAGAAAUAAGCAGCACGAAGUAGAGGAAGCAACCAAUAUUUUGACUGCAACUCGGAAGUGUUUCCGACACAUAGCUCUGGAUUAUGUUCUUCAGAUCAAUGUUCUUCAAUCUAAAAGGAGAGCAGAAAUCUUAAAAUCGAUGCUAUCAUUUAUGUAUGCACAUCUGGCUUUUUUCCAUCAAGGCUAUGAUCUGUUUAGUGAACUUGAGCCCUAUAUGAAAGAUCUUGGUGCACAGCUGGAUCAGUUGGCUGUAGAUGCUGCAAAGGAGAAGAGAGAUAUGGAGCAAAAGCACUCCACUAUUCAACAAAAGGCUGCCUUACAGGAUUAUUCCAGUGAUGAUACAAAACUAGAAUACAAUGUAGAUGCAGCCAAUGGUAUUGUUAUGGAAGGUUAUCUGUUUAAGCGAGCCAGCAAUGCCUUCAAGACUUGGAACAGGCGCUGGUUCUCAAUACAAAAUAACCAACUUGUGUACCAGAAGAAAUUUAAGGAUAAUCCCACAGUAGUUGUUGAAGACUUGCGGCUCUGCACGGUUAAACACUGUGAAGACAUAGAAAGGCGUUUCUGUUUUGAGGUGGUUUCUCCAACAAAGAGCUGCAUGCUUCAGGCGGACUCAGAAAAGCUGCGGCAGGCCUGGAUUAAGGCUGUUCAGACCAGUAUUGCCACAGCAUACAGAGAGAAAGGGGAUGAAUCUGAGAAACAGGAAAAGAAAUCAUCCCCUUCUACUGGAAGCCUAGAAUCUGGGAGUGAGUCAAAAGAGAAGUUGUUAAAGGGAGAGAGUGCUCUGCAGCGAGUUCAGUGUAUUCCUGGUAAUGCUGCCUGCUGUGACUGUGGUUUGGCAGAUCCUCGCUGGGCCAGUAUCAACCUCGGAAUCACACUGUGCAUCGAGUGCUCUGGGAUACACAGGAGCUUGGGAGUCCAUUUUUCAAAAGUAAGAUCUUUAACGUUGGAUUCAUGGGAACCUGAACUCCUAAAGCUUAUGUGUGAAUUGGGAAAUGAUGUUAUAAAUAGAAUAUAUGAAGCGAAGUUGGAAAAAGUGGGAAUAAAGAAGCCACAAUCUGGAAGCCAAAGGCAGGAGAAGGAGGCAUACAUCAGAGCAAAAUAUGUGGAGAGAAAGUUUGUAGAGAAGCAAGCUGCAUCAGUACCUCUGCUUGAAUCUGGAACAAAAGUUUUGCCUCCAAGUCAGGAAGAGAAAAGGCACAGUGGCCCUGAAAAAUCCCUUUUGGCAGGGGAACAAGGUGCAGCAUCCCAAAAAGCGGUUGCUGUAAGUAGCGACGAGGCGAGACGGGAGUCUCUGUUCUGUCCUGAUGAACUAGAUUCACUCUUCUCCUACUUUGAUACCUCUUCAAAACUACGUAGUAUCCGAAGCAGUGACAGUGGGAUCCAGCCGAGCGCUGAGGACAGCAGAGAACACCUUGCCUCUACUGUAUCAGCUAACAGUUUGUAUGAACCAGAAGGAGACAAGCAAGAGUCCUCUGUGUUCUGUGACUCCAAGCAGCCUAGUCCAGGAUUGCAGCUGUACCGAGCUGCCUUUGAGAAGAAUCUUCCUCAUAUGGCAGAAGCAUUGGCCCACGGAGCUGAAGUAAACUGGGUCAACGUAGAAGAAAACAAAGCAACUCCACUCAUUCAGGCAGUGCGAGGGGGUUCACUGGUUACUUGUGAAUUUUUGCUGCAGAAUGGGGCCAAUGUGAACAUCAGGGACAUGAAGGGAAGAGGGCCCCUGCACCAUGCCACAGUUCUAGGACACACUGGACAAGUGUGUUUAUUCCUAAAACGAGGAGCAAACCAGCAUGCCACUGAUGAAGAUGGGAAAGACCCACUGAGUAUAGCAGUAGAAGCUGCAAAUGCAGAUAUUGUAACAUUGUUGCGUUUAGCAAGGAUGAAUGAAGAAAUGCGGGAAUCAGAAGGACUCUAUGGGCAGCCAGGAGAUGAACUUUAUCAGGACAUUUUUCGUGACUUUUCUCAAAUGGCAACAAAUAAUCCAGAGAAGUUAAACCGCUUCCAGCAGUCAGAUUCCCAGAAGUCUUAAGUGUCAAGAAGGAAAAGAACCUGAUGCCCAUAGUACCAGUCUUUUUUUUUACUUUGACAGAAUGAAUUAUAUGCAUUUUGUUAGAUAGAUCGGAUAAAAUGACCACUCCAAUGUAGCUUUAGAUUGUGGUAGCUGGGGAAAUGUAUGAGUUGUUUUAUGUUCUACAGUACGUAUACCUCAGCAGCUGAAAUAAUGUUUAAAACCCUGAAUACCUGCUAGCUCAGUAUAAAAAUAGCACCAGCUGUGAGUACGAGGUUUGUCUGCGGCUCGUACGCCGAGCACAGCUGGGUGUGUGGCACAGACUCCCAAUGGCAGGAUGGGCAGAGCAGCUCUGCUAUCCAGGAUCAUCCACUGUCAUCUGUCUCCCUGUUGCCGUAAAGAAUGUGCCUCUGACAAGAAGGUCUGGGUUGCAUUUUCUGGGACUGUUUGGAAGGGAAAUCAGAUAAUGACAUACUGAGUUGUCCUUCUGUUUGUGGGGCUGUAACUUAACAGAUCCUCUUGUGCCUGUGCUGACUCUGGUUAGAGGUAGGCUGUUAGUAACAGACACAGUAACUCCUGCUCUUGCAAGCUCUUUCACAGUGGAAGCUCUAACACCAGGCUGGCCUUUAUGCUGGUGACUGCAGGUCAGUCACAAAGGGAUAUAUCCUGGGGGACCAAACUCUUAAGAGCACUCUAUUUUCUUUUUUUUCCCCCCUCUUAUAUUAAAUUUUCAAUGCAGCAAGUAUCCUUCUAAAUGAGCAUGUGGAACCUUUCAUAAAAAAUAAACUGAAUCCUUCUGGACAUGAUGUGGGGUUUUUUUGUAGUAUUUUGACAUCAAAACUUGAAAUUUGAGAAGUGAAAAUAAAUACUGAGCCAAUGGAGCUUGUGUAGAACAGUUGUGCACAGGCUGUUUUUUACUUUUUCUUGUUCUCACUGCUAGCCCUAAGAUGAAUAUAUGAAGUCUCAUAUGUCAUGCAGCCACCCUAAAUUUAGGACAAUCAAUCCUUUAUUGAUCCAAUCAGGCAGCAGUAUCCCAUAUAUGAUCUGCAGUGAUGUGUAUGUGUUGUCUAAACUAAGGUGAGCAUGAGAAAACCUAGGAAUUUCACUCCACAUUUUUGGCAAGUAUUGGGUGAGCACAGCUCCAGCUAUUUUCUGAGGGCAGCAGCACAAUUUGCUUUAUUCAGUAGUGAGCCCCACUCUGAUGGUGUGCAUGUAUAAAUGGUGUCUCUAGAUAUAUGCUUAUGUAUCAGGUUAUUUAAUACCUAGAUAGGAAUCACCUGAAGCCUCAAACCAGCAGAUGCAAUUCUUUAUGCUCUAUUUGUCUGCCCUAUGGACAACUUUAGCAGAAAUUUUAGGUAGCAUAGUAUCAAUGUCAGUUUUUAAUAAUCCUAGUAGCUGUGGCAUUAUGCUAACCUGCUGUUUAAAUGUAUUUAGGAAAUGAAUUGGCUUUUCUCCAAGCAAAGAUAAGCAAAAUUGGAUUAAAAAAAAUUAAAUCUGUAAACUAUGGUAAAUUUAAACUUUCUGGCACGUUAAAUUUUAACAAAGUAUUUCAAACAUUUAUAAUUUUGCAUCAAAUAUAUAAUAAUGUAUCAAAUCUGGAUAUUAUUAUUGCCACAAAAUUAGUAGUGUUGUAGAAUUGUCCACUAGAUUCUUUUUCCAAGCAGAAGAAUCUUACAAGUUCUUACAGUUCUUGCUUUGUGUGUGGUCUAAUUAUGCUAGGAAAAGCAGACUGUGCCCAUUUAAAGGGUGCAUUUAGUCUGAAUAAUAAGAAAGUUAAAGAUAUCACCUGUAAGCAGUAAUUUUUAGUAAGUUGUUUUUAAAUAUUUGUCUAUGAAUGAUAAUAUACUUCCUAAUCAUCAGUAUUUAACAGCAGUGGGUGUUUUAGUAGAUCUUAGAGAAGGUAAGAUUCCCAAUGUACAGAUGGGACAAUGUAAGAUAUGACUGUAUAAUACACACUUUAGACAUAGGUUUUUCUAAAUAUUUGUCUUUUGCAGCCAGGUGACAGGCAGUAUGUAGUGUGAUUGGCUGUAAUCUAAAGCUGCCUAAAGCUUGAUGGCAUAAUUUCUGUCUCAGUCCAUGCUGCUGGAAAAAGGUCUGAGACACUUAUUUCAAAUCUCCAUUGGUGAUUUCCUUCCUAGCCACAAAAAUCUCUCUAAAAAAUUUUGGAGGAUGACUUCUCUAGACAAAAACCUUGCUUCCCUGUAGCUCUGCAGAUGCAUACGCUGCAUUCCUGACUCCCAUCUGUCUGGGAAACAGUAGCAGUGUGUCUGUGCUAAGGGUCUAAUCACAUACCUGACUGACAGGUUGUGUGACUCUUGUCAGCAGCAGUGUUGGAGUGUCAGUGGCUCAGGGAGUAGCUGUGUCACUGCUCAUCCUGCAGCCUCAUUCCCCAGUCCUUUCAGGUACACCAGGAUGUCCAGUAUAAACUGCAGUCAGUUAGAGCUUUUUGCAGGUCAGGUGCAAUACAUGUGGUAACAUGUUGCUCAUCAGCAAAAAUGAAUACAUACCAUUAAAUUACAUGGAAUGUAUUGAUGGUGCAGUCCCACCAGGCUCUGGCAGGCUCAGUGCUCUGUGGCCUCAGUGGCUCACAGCAUUCAGCCCUCAGUAAUAAUGUAUGAUUGUCACCAGGGCUCUGAAGGUCCGGAUUCCAUAUCAAGUUUUGACUCAAGUGCUAAUCUUCUGCUCAGUAAUAUUAUGAAAUUUUUAUCACAAAAUGAAUCUGAGUACAAGUAGAAUAGUAAACAGUAAGGUUCCAUUGUGGGUUAACAUCCUGUAGUCUGUACCAGGCAAUGGAAAGCUUCAAUUCCAGUUCAUGUUUCCACGUAGGUAUGAAAUAUAGUAGGCUUUAAUUGGAGAGGGACAAAGCAGUAGAUUCCUAAUGCAUUUAAAAGGCAGCUUUCACAUGGAUUUUUAGUAAUUUAAUAGAUGGCCCAUUGAAAGAUAGUGUAAUAGUUUUCCUAUUUAUAGACACACGUUCCAAGAGUCUCUUGGAAAGACAAAUGUUGAGGAGCUCAACAUAUAUUCUAAUGCAGCUUGAUUUCAGAGGUGUAACUUACGUCCAUUGCAUGUUGGUUUAAAUAGUGUCUAUGGUGUGUCCUUAGUGUCUCAAUUGUUUUGACUGUUCAUAAGGUUUCAUGUUUUAUGUUAAUGUCAGUUCAGUGCAUAAAAACUUAUAAUUCAGUAUGAUAAUUCAGAAAUUUGUCACUGAGUUAUGUUAGCUGGAAUUUGUUCCCAUGAAUUUGGGUGAAGGUAGAGGUGUUUCUUUGCCUUCACAAGCAGCCCAUGUUGCAGUCUGAUGAACACAUGUUCCAGGUGCUCAUUAGCACCUAGCUGGCUUCAGACUCCUUGCCAAUUAGGACCUAAUCCAGGAAAUCGCUGGAAUUAGUGGCGGUCUUUCCACUGAUUUUGAGGGGCUCUGGAUUGUACCAUUUGUGACUUCUAAUUGUUAGUGUUUUAAAGGAUGCUGUAUUAAUACUGCAUUUUUCACUCCAUGGGGUUUUAUAUUUCACCUGUUUGUAUACUGAGCUGAAAUAGUUUUAGAAAAUGCAACCAGACCUUCCAACUGCUGUCAGCAAAUCCCCGUAUGAGAGGAAGUUUCUCCUGUUUUGCAGUAUGACAUCAGUACAUAUGUGUUGUCCAGAUUCUUAGUUCUCCUGGAUAGAGCAAAAGCUUUGUAGCACUAAAGAAAAAAAGGUGAGAACUAGAAUAAGCAGAGCAUUGAUGUGAUGUUUCCAGGACUUCAGUGCUUCUCUGUAGCCGCCUGUUUUAAAGUGUGGAUGUUACCUCUGCUUCUUCAUCAUGAGAAUCUCAAAUGGCAUAGUGACUAUGAAAGGACCCUUUGAUAGAACUGCAAAUCAUGUGUAAGUACCAAGGAUGUGAUAUUUUUACAGUGUCAAAAGGACUGAGCUGAUCAUUCUGA